GGACUAUUCUCAAAUUUCUAACUUGAUCAGCAACAUCUGAAUUAACGAUUGGAAUAUAGCGAAGCGUGUUCACUGGGACAAUAAGUGUCAAGAAGUAUAUUUCCAUCGCAGGUUUUCCUUGGAAAGUAUGAGUCUUCAGUCCGAUCAUCCAAAAUACCCCUUCUGUCAAUAAUGUGACAGCUAGUGACAGAUGACCAACAUGAUCUAUUUGUUAUCGCUCUUCAGUCGGAUUAUAAUAGUUUAUACUCUCAAAAGCACUGCCGCUCUUCCCGGAAGACAAAGCACAGCUAAUGAACGAUGACAGAUCACCGUGUGUGGUGGUGGUGAUGAGGGUGCUCAUUUUUCUGCUCAUUUCAUCAUGACAAGUGGCAAGCGGCUCUAUGAUGUUUUGUUGUGUGUGUUUGAAGAGCGUCGUCGUCUCCGGGGCCCCGUGUGUCAUCUCAUCUUGAGUUAUCGACACGGGUCUUGCAACGAAGAUUGAUUACUCAUGUUAGGACGACAAUCAAUCAAUCGACACACUGCGUUGCCGCCGCCGCCACCGUCUCCCCAUAUCUUCAUUCCUCUCGACAAAUUCGUUUUGUUUGGUUUAGACAAUACUUGUUAAGGAGGGGACCGAUGUUUAUCUAGUUGGCAGGGGUUUUACAAAGCACCCGACAUUUCCCAGGGUCCGCAGUUUGUUGUGAUUAAUUGGAUUUCUCAUGAUGAAUGACAGAUGUCAGGAGCAACGCGAUUUGACAAUUUAAAUCAAUUUCAAAAUAUCACAAAAAUAAAAUGUGCUUGAUUA